AUGUUAGCUCUGGAAAGUAGCGGCCAAGAUGUUUCUACGAGUGCCGCUGCUUGGACGCUGCAUGUUGUUUUGAUUCAUGACUGGUGGGAGAAACGAUUGCAUUGUUUGCUGACUCACCAUCGUUUGCUGCAGAAAACUUGGAUAGAUCGUGUGAAGUCCAAACCGUUGCCGGAAUGUGUGGAGGCUGCGGUUAGAGUCAUGUUACGUCGCUUUUCUCCAUGGCGGCACCUUUUGGAAUUUCCAUACUGGUUCAAUGUAUGCUUUCCAUGUUUUCACUGGAGUGAAGAGGAAGUCAACGCUUCGCUUCGCGAUGAGGAGGCGCAGCGCACUGAUGUGGAAGUGGUUGCUUGUUCUGGUGCAGACGCAUAUGCGGAUGUCCAUCUGCAGACUCCUCCGCGCAAACGUUUGCGACCUGAUCCUGGUGUGAUCUCGCCAAGGACGGAAGCCAGGUAUUUUAGAUUGUCCUCUGAUGACCCUGCUGGAGCUUCGGAGCCAUUGGUGCCAGAUGAUUCUCCUGAGACCAAGAAAUUCAAGUUGUGGUAUCAAAGAGAAGUUUUCGUAUCAGAUGAGGAAAACGUACCAGACAUUCCUUCUCCAUGUGAUGUUUCCAGACCAUCUCUGCCUUCUUCCUCUUCAGCCCUUUUGCCGUCUUCCGGGCAUGAUGACCCAUGCGUCACUGACAAGAACAGCAAGCAGUAUAAGCGUGGCAAGGCAUUCUUGCGCCUUGGCCGUUUUGUCCACGAUGGCGACUACACCAAUUUCCUGCGCAUUUGCUACCUCAUAGGAAUCAAAACACCCAUGGAUUCAAUGGAGCAUCUCCUGGAAGGAGUCACUGUGAAGCGAAUGACUGCGUGGGCGCAAGACAUUCGUCUUGCACUGGCGACCUGUGAGUAUCUGGAUUCUACUUCAUUUGAGUUUCCUGCAGGCAUUCUUGAGUUUGACACAUGCACUGCCACAGUCCAACGCAAAGCAUCUCAGAGUGCGGUCCAACAUGCCAAACAAAAGCGUUACAAAGUGGAAAGAAAAGCUAACAAGUUUUUGAAGCGCAAGAGGAUGCCGGUGAUGAAGAGACCCGCGAGCAGUUCGAAAAAGACUAACAAGAUUUUUCGAGGACGUCACAUCGUAUUCAAGCUUCGCUGUGUCGACGGUUCCGUUGCGACCAAGCAAUAUGCUGUCCUACCGCUGCCGCCAAAAGUAGCAGACAAAGGCCCAGCUGCUGGUCCGGAAUCGCUAGCGGAAACUGUGAUUCCAGUCAUGUCGAAGUUGCGCAAGGGGCAACACUUGGCUGCCGCAGAUGGAAGUCGAUCGCUGCAAGCAGCAGCCAAGAUGGCUGGAACACCCAGCCUGCAAGGCGUUUCUCACAUACGCCACCUUUUUACUCCUUUGAGCACCAUUCCCAAAAAGGGACUCCGUACAGAUGAGGUCAGUCUUUUGAGACACUUGACCAAACAAGGAUGUUGCAAGGAAUCCCGUACUUCAUUUCUGCUGGUGGGUGGAGACAACGUGGCCGAGUCCUUGGCUGCUGUGACAAAGUCACAGCUGAGACGCCACGGAUUGCAGAAGGUUGUCAACGACCCCAUCGAACAUCGCAACGUUCUAGCAGUGCACUAUGUAAGCAAAAAGCCUGGUUUGGAAAGUGUCUUGAAUGCACUCACACGCUUCAAGGAGUUGGCAAUGAAAAGUUGCCGGCAGCCUGCGUUAGUCUUCAAAGAAGCACCGUGGGACGCCUGA